UUUUCUUGACUUCCUUCUAGCUGUGAUGGCAGGAGGUGAGAAUCAAGCAGAGUAUGUCAAUGGCAGCAGCAUCACCUCAUCAAUUUUAGCAGCAGAAGGGGUUGAGUUCCUUGAAUCAUCUGAAGGCAAGGUUCCCCUGUCAUCACUUGAUCAAAAGACAAUCUGCCUCUUCUUCUCAGCUAAUUGGUGUAGACCUUGUAGAGCUUUCAUUCCCCAAUUGGUGAAACUCUAUAACACACUAAGAAACACAGAUAGAAAUCUGGAGAUCAUUUUUGUCUCCUUUGAUAGGGAUGAGAAUGGAUUUAGAGAACACUCCAAGUUGAUGCCAUGGUUAGCAGUCCCUUUCGACAUUAAUAUAUGUAGACGAUUACGCAAUCACUACCAUGUUGUCCGUAUACCUUCUCUAAUUCCAUUGUAUUCAAAUGGAGAACCUGUUGAAGGAGAUGCAGUGCAGUUGAUUGAAGAUUACGGUAUCGAUGCUUUUCCAUUCAGAAGAGAAAGAAGAGAAGAAUUGAUGGCUAUGGACAAGAUGAAGCGUCAAGGGGGGAAACUAGAUGAUCUAUUAGUAAAUGGAUCACGCGAUUACGUUGUUUCUGGGGAUGGUAGAAAGGUACUAGUUUCUGAACUUGUUGGUAAAACAAUUGGACUCUACUUUGGGGCUCAUUGGUGUCCCCCAUGUCGCGCUUUUACCAUUCAACUUAAAGAGGCAUACAAUGAGCUCAAGAUCAGCCAAAACAGAACAUUUGAAAUCAUUUUCAUCUCUACAGACAGAGACCAAGAAGAAUUCAAUCUCCAUAUUACAAGCAUGCCAUGGUUAGCAAUCCCUUAUAAUGACAAGACCCAACAAGACCUCUGUAGGAUCUUUGACAUCAAGGGAAUUCCAGCUUUGGUUCUUUUAGGACCUGAUGGUAAGACCCUUAGCACAAAUGGAAGAGCUUUGAUCUCUUCCUAUGGUGCAAAAGCCUUCCCUUUCACUGAAUCAAGGAGAGUUGAGGUGGAAGCAGCCUUAAGGAAGGAAGUUGAUGGAUUACCCCAUCAAGUGAAGGACCCAAAACAUGAACAUGUUCUCAGGUUGGAUAAAGCCAAAGCUUAUGAAUGUGAUUUCUGCAAAGGCCAAGGAAGGUUUUGGGUUUUCUCUUGUGACAAGUGUGACUUCGACCUUCAUCCGUCGUGCUUAGAUUAAACAU